GACCGACCGACCGAUCAGGCGACUUGUGGUAACAAGUACCGCCUAUUGGCCUAGCUGCAUGCAACAAUAGACACCUUUUUGUAAGCAACAACGGGGGGCUAAUCAACUUCAAACGGCGAACAAUUGUUACCGAAUAUCAAACAAAUUUUUGACAGGCCAGCGGCUGAUUUUUGUUUUUGGUCUGGCAAUGGCAAAAACACACUGGACGGGACGGGCGGGAACGGGAAAUGGCAGUGAAGAUUACCAAGAAGCGCACCACACAGUUUGAUUGAUGCAAAAUGAUUGAAUCUUAUUGAACGGCUGUUUUUUGUUAAGGUGCAUCGGGGCACUUAACAUCCAUCAAAACACUAAACGAGGAGUAUUUAGAACGGCAGACACAGAAACAGCAGCAGCAGCAACAACUGCCGGUUGACAUAUGAGCAACAGCAACAGUCCCAACAGCAGCAGCAGCAGGCUGAAGAAUCAGCUAAAAGAAGAAAGGAACUUUUGCCGCCACACCAAGUACCCCCAAUCCAAGCCCCAAGGAGCGGCUACUACACAGAACUUUUUGGACCUAACAAGCAGCAGAGCCGGCCCAGAAUUAUGUAACAACUGCUGCAAAUGCAGUUGCAGUUGCACUGGCACUGGGCACUGGCCGCAAAUUUGCAAGUCAAGUCACUGGAGAUGUCACUCCGCGGAUAGACACUCCGGACAGCUGAGCAAAGCUGCCGCCGCGCAUCGUUGUGGCCCAGGCCCUGGCCCGGCCCGGCCCGGUUCCGACAAUGGCAAACCGUUGCCUGCCCGUUCGACUUAAUCUUAGCAUGAUUGUGCAAUAUUUGUGGAGUGUCUGUGCUAGUGUCCGUUGUCCUGGCAAGGUUGUUAUGGACGCACGCUGUUUGUUUGUGCCUGUAAACAUGUGUGCAGGCAGGCAGGCAGUCGAGAAAACCCGCUAACCCAACCACCGCUGCUUAACCAACCACCGCUGCUUAACCAUCCAACGCUGCUUAACCAUCCACCGCUGCUUAACCCUUGAGUCUGGCGAAGGAUGAUCUCACGCCGCGACAAAUUGCUGCAACAGCCGUGGGAGCAGCUACGCUAUGCCCAGCAUCGGGAGAAGGUGAUGUCUGCCCGCCCGGCCAUCGAUACGCAUACGCCACGCAUCCACGAGCACGUCCAACGCAAGUGGAAGAAGCAGCAGAACGAGCGUGAGCGUCAGCAGCAGAUCGAGCGUGAAAAUCUACGGCUGCUGCAGAAGCUGGGCGACAUCAUGCGAACGAAACGAAUCAACAAUCUCUGGCUGGAGCCGCGACCCAAUUUUCUGAACCGCGAGAAGCAGUUCCCCACACGCCCGUACUCCAGUCUGCCAGAGAUUGUCACCAUUUAUGGCAAUCAGCCGCCGGGUCCGCUCAUCUAUGGCAUGCUGCCCAAGCCCACUGUGGUGGGUCGCUGUCCCACCUGCAGCGGCAAUCCGGAACGCACCGAGGUGGCCAUACCCGAGCAGCGUACACCCUGGGCACCGGCCAGAAAGUCCUGGAACCGCAAGACCCAACAGCCGCUGCAGCAGCAACGUUGCUACCACUGCGGCUCUUUCAAGAGCACCGAGCGCAAGUUCUUCGAGGACUACUCCUACUCCUUUGACGGAUGAUGAAGCGACAAAGCAAUUACGAAAAUUAAAUGCGCAUUUAUUAAUCAAGCCUUUGGUAUGUUGGGCGGCAGGGUGGCAAAGGUGAGGAAACCUGUGUGCCCGGGCAGCGUUUGGGGAUUGCUCGAUGUGAGGUACUUCUUCAGCUCCUUGGGUGUUUUGCUCUCCUCAGCGUUGGGUGUGGUGUUGGCGGCGACUGGCUCAUUUGUUUUGGGCAAUUUAAGAAACUCCAAAUCGAUGACGGGCAGUGAACGGGUCUUGAUGACGCUCUCCUGCUGCAGCACCUCCAUGGAGCAGAUCUCAUUGAAGCCCAGUUUGGUCAGUUCUUGGAUGCAGCGCUGUGACUGCUCAAUGCAAGGUGAGAAUGAGCAAAAGCGGCCGCCUGUGGAAUGA